GUGAGUAGUCGGCUAAACACUACCGCAGGGGUAAGAUAACACAGAGGGCGGACUGACUCCCUGCUAUCUGACAUGUGUUAUGAUGGUAGGCUACACAAAUCACUGAGCCGAGCAGGGCUGAGAUACACAGAGAUGUUUACCAGCAUGUGGCACUAGCGGUGCUUCAGAUGCCAGGAGGAGUGCCUCCACCAGUCUCUCUCUGAGGAGCAGACGGAUUCCGGGACUGAGCAGACGGAAGGAUUUUUGUGUCUUUGGGCGAAGUGUUACUAUGAUAUUUAUAUAAAGGUAUAUAGCAGGAGGUGUUGGGAGCAUGUACUACUGAAACACUGACCGGUUUGUGUCACCUGAGACGAUCCUGGGGUUACAUGAAUGAGGGAAUUCGGAUCUGUUUUGAUUCAUGACUGGGUGAUGUCUUCAUAUCUGUGCUACCACAGGAGUGACAUAUUGAGUCACAUCAAUGACUUUUAUGUGAGAGGAGAGUGAUCGCAUCGGAUUUGUUGACAGAAGUGUUCAGUUUAUGAACAGCUUGGGCCUUGUUUCAUCACACGGUAGCAUCAAAUCGUUAUCAGGAGCUCGUUCUCACUCCUUUUGUGUCUCUCCUUCCAGCCUAAUUUCUCUCAUUACUGCACAGACUAACAGGCUGAAUGGAACUUGUGUUAAAGGAUGUAUUGUACUACACUUCAUUUCAUUGAAGAGAUUUUCUUACAGGAAAUAGCCACUAUCAAACACUGAACUGAUUGUCAUGAGGACUUGAAGGAAUGUUUGAAAAGAAUAAGAAAAGGGUUUCUAAAUUUCUCUUAUUAAAUAACAGAGACAUGCUUUCGAAGUGAAACUUGCCAGCGUGCGUUAUCUCAUACUGGGAGCACUGAAUGCAAGAGAGACAAGCGGAGGAUAGAGUAUCGCCAGCUCUCAGGGGAAUCAGGAAAGUGAGAGCAGAAGGCGCUACAAGAAGAGAACGCUAGCACAUUGGCAGAUGAAGGGGAGUGCGAGGGUGUUACAAGCCUUGUGUCGUUCCUUCCUUACUGCUUCUUCACUGUUCGCAACAUCAUAAAAGAGUGGAAACCUCUCUUCAGCCUUUGUCAACACCAUACAGUAAAAGGCAAAAUCUAUUCUCUGCACAUCGAAGAUUGAUUCAUUGACAGUUGGUAUUGUGAAGGAAAUUUAAUGAGCUUAGCCUGGCUGAGUGAAGCCAAGUGUAUGAAUGGUUAGCACAGGACGAGCCUUCUCGAGAGACACAAAGGCUGUUUAGGGCUGGGUUUGCCGUAUUUUUUCUCUGCUGAUAGCUGAAGUGGUCAUUGCGAGGUGAACCCUAGUCUAGAGCGUGGCUGACUCAUGGCUUGAGGACUGUAUCAUAAUGGAUUUGUGUUGAGCUUCGUGACACUGUCGACCAAGGCGUUAUAGGAGUUACAUACUUCGACAAUUACAGAAAGAUGAGUGGCCUAGAUGUCGUUGGUGCCUACCGAAGCUAAGGGUUGGCUAGGCUCUGCCAAAGCCAUAAUAUUGAAAAAGGAUGCGUCCAGUGACAACUCUGACCGCAGCAUCAUGAGACGGACUCGUAGGCUGUGGCUUGUCGGGAUCCCACUGAUGCUGUUCUUCUAUGUGGUGUUCUACUGCAACAGCGCCAUCUGGGAGUCUCUCAACAUCAACACACACCCUCUUGACAACAUCAUCACAGGUAGUGGAUUCCGCAAGCUUCUUGAGGAACGCGCACGUCUUGCGGAAAAAUUGCACUCGGGGGAGAAAAUUCAGAGAUUGCCUCAGUGCAUUAUCAUUGGAGUACGAAAAUGUGGGACAAGGGCUUUGCUAGAAUUUAUGGACCUACAUCCCACUGUGGAAAUUGCGCAAGAAGAAGUUCAUUUUUUUGACGACAGAGACAACUAUGGACAAGGUCUUAGUUGGUACUUGAAGAAAAUGCCGAUGACAUUAAGCAACCAGUACACUGUCGAGAAAACUCCACGAUAUUUCAUCGAUCCAAGUGUGCCAGACAGAAUUAAAAGUUUGAACAGCUCAAUCAAACUCUUGGUGAUUUUACGAAAUCCAACGACUCGUGUGGUGUCUGAUUAUACCCAAAUAUACUACAACAAACUGGCACGGAAUGAGACCCAUGAAGAUUUUGAGAGGCUUGUGCUGGACCCCUUCACUGGGGAGAUUAAUGUCCAUUACAGGGCCAUCCAGAUCAGUAUUUAUCAUCAGUUCUUUCCGAGAUGGUUUUCCACAUUUUCCAAGGACCAAAUUCAUAUUGUGGAUGGGGAUAACUUAAUAGUGGACCCUGUCUCGGAAAUCUCCCAGAUUGAAAAUUUUCUUGGGAUUGAAAAUCGUAUAACGUACAACACGUUAUACUUCAAUAGGACUCGUGGAUUUUACUGUAUGAGAUUCAAUAAGACAGCGGAGAAGUGUCUGGGUGCUAGUAAAGGACGGAAGCAUCCAGAUCUGGAACCGAGUGUGAUUAAAAAAAUGAAAAAGUUUUUUCGCCCCCACAAUGAAAGACUAUUCCGUAUAUUAAAAAGACGGUUUAAUUGGAGUUAACUGGAAGGAGGUAUUGCAUUAUGGGAAUACUAGGGAUAUAUGUAUGUGUGAAUGUGUGUUUAUAAACUGAGCUCAGACCAUUGCAAAUGCUGACAUUUUAUUCAAGAAUGGUUGGGAACUGCUUGAUAUUCAGGCAGUAUUUCCAAUCAAGGUGAUCCAAUGAAAUUUGGCAUCACCUUAACUCAUCCAACUUUUGAGUUUUCAUUUUUAGACAUGUUUGAGACACAUGUCCUGCAAGUUUUCUAAAUAUACAAAAUUCGAAACAUUGUUCAUUGUACAAAACAUUUGACAGUCUCAUAUGGACUAAGAUCAUUAUUCACAGAUUAAGAAUUCCCAAAAGUCAAUUGCAGUGUUUAUUUCUUUUGAAAUUUUGUCAAAGGAAUCUGUUGAAAUUUGUGAAAUUUAGUUACAUAUUUUUGCCUUUGGUUUUAAGAUUCAAAUGGAUGUUGUAUAAAUGGAUUGGAUGCUUGUAAAUAUGAGAUAUAUCAUCUGGUUUUAUAACAAUAUUAAUGCAAGAACUGAGCUCAAAUGAUGCAUUGUUGACUCUGUGGAAUGGUAACAUAUUUAUUUAUAAUAUAUCUAGUCAUGUGGGCGUACUCUUAUCUGCAAUUUGUCUUGCAGACUUUCUUGUGUAACAAAUAAACUGAGGCUUUGAAACUGAUUAGUCGUCUGUGAUUGUGUUUUAUGCUGUUGGGGCGGUGGGGUAGCCUAGUGGUUAAAGCAUUCGCUCAUCACAGCGAAGACCCAGGUUCGAUUCUCCACAUGGGCAUAAUAUGUGAAGCCCAUUUCUGGUGUACCCCGCCAUGAUCUUGCUGGAAUAUUGCUUAAAGCGGCUUAAAACAAUACUCACCUUUAAGCUGUUUCAUAUUGAUUUUUGACAUAUUAAACUCUGUUUGAAAUUGUUACAGAUACUUUCCUUCAAAGUAGCAUUUUAAUCUUAGUGAAGGUCAUAUUCUUUCUGUUCUUUCAUUGGUGAAUCUGCUUUUCACAGUGUGAUAACAGUUUCAAUUUCGUAUCUAUCAAUAACACACAAAUAUUGUUAAGAAAUGUUUGGUAGUACCUGUACACCACAACAGCUGUACAGAAAGAAGGGGAGCCCUAUUUAUGUUAGGUGAUUGACAGAUCUGUCAACUAGUUCUCUAUGGGUCAGUAGGUGCCAAAAAAUAAUUCACAAUUCACUUGACAAGUACUUCAUGAUAGUAUUUAUUCAGGAAUUCGAUCCCAUCAAAUUUUCUACCAAGAGGGCACAGGGUACUCCAGCUAAACAUGAUUGAAUUGAAGCUUAGAAAAUUGUCAUUGACACUAUUUACUUUCUGUGACGAAUGUUAAUGGGGUGUAACUUAUUUCGCUCAGGCCUUGGUUGGGGUAUGGAUUUGAUAUCGCUCAAUAUUAAUCUUGUCUGUUGCUGUGUAAGACACUCUUUGACAAAGUCGCAGAAUCCAACAAAUUCAUGGUUCGUGAGACUCAAAAUAAGUAGGGCACUUGUGUGGAAGUCACAUUCUUCUCAGACUUGAAAAGAUUGUCUCAGUUAAAUAAAUUUGAAUUUGCCCUCAGAGGAGGUCAUACAUAGGCCAGAGAAUAAUCAGGUUCGAUUAUCUGCCAAAACACAGAUUUCAUUAGGCUUGCCAAGGCAAAAUAGCGGGGACAAUUAUACGAAUGAUCAUUGAAAAUCAGAGUUAACACUAGGUUUUCGUGAGGGGAUAUAAGCAUAAUAUUAAUGACUGCAGUUUUGUCCACAUGAAAUGUUUCAGUAAUUAAACAAGCUUUUUAAUAUCGCUUAUAUCACUGCGAAACAUUGAUAAUGAUGCACUGCAGUUUAUGGCCAAGGUAUUUGAUAUUUGGAAACCACAUUUUUAAUAAGUUAUCUUUGGCCGAGCAUGAUUUUGACAAUGAUAGGUGAAUUUACAACUUCAUGUGGCAUUGGAUUGUCAAGUUGCCUGAUUCUGAAGUUCAAAGUGAAUUUCAAGUUUCUCUCAUGCUUGUUGGUAAACAUGAUUGAACUCUAUAUCUGUUGUGAGGAUGGAUAUUUAUGAGAAUACUAUACAGUAAGUUUUAAAGUGCAGGAGCAUCCGAAAUUGGGAAUUUGAUUCUUCAUGAAAAUUUCUAAAUAUCAAUCUCCAUGAAAAUAUCACCAGUAUAGGUACUCUUGACUGUCUGGAAAAGUACGAGCAAUAUCUAGAAAACAUUUUUGAAACAUGAAAGAUACGAGUAUAUGAAAUAUAUAUUCUAUUCUAGUCAAAGAAUAUUUAUGAAGUUUCUGCUGCACUUUGUGAGGUGAAGCGUAAUUGUUUUGGAAGAUCUUUGUUGUGACAUUUACAAAAACAGUUAUCAGUUCGCAUUACAUUUUCCAUUUCAGUCAGUAGUUUUGAAAGUUCAUAAUUGUAAAAUAUUGAGAACAAGGUUGAAAUGAUAAAACAUGUGUCAAAAAGCAUUAAAUGUUAAAUAAAUAUUAAAUUUUUCUGUAUAUCAUUUACUUGAUAUGCCAGUAUGCUUCCAAAAUGGCCUAUAACAAAACUGAAUAUUUUGUUAAAAUUCUUUGAAUUCUUAAUUUACAACUUUCAAGAAGUAUGCUGCUUGACAUGAACCAUUCUCACCUAAAAAACAGCAAAAACUGUAAAUUUCAGUUUGCUUUUUAAGUGCAUAUGUACCUUGAUAUGUGUUUACCAUUCUGUUUUUUUAAAUGAAAAAGUAUCAAAAUUUCAUGGUUAAUGGGAAUAAAUAUCAGAAUAGGUUUGAAUCAUGGGACACCAUCAUUAUUAUACUGUCAUGUUAUGGUUUAAAAAAAUAUUACCUCAGUGCUUAAAUGAAACAAGAAAUAUGGUUAAAUGUUUUCUGAGUUUAGUCAAACUUAAAUAUUACCGUGUAUAUUUCGUGUGCAUUGCACAAGGUAUAUGUAACAGUGGCCUCCGAGUCUAGUCUAUUUCAUAUUGAUGUUUUGUUUCCAUGUGUCAAUCUGCUGUACAUAACCUUACCUUGUAGGGACAUAACACAAUCUCAGCUCAUGUACAUAAGCUCAUAGGAAACAGUUUAUGGUUUCACAGACUGUGUCAAUAUCAUAAUAUGAAUAAAGAAAUAUUGAUGCCA